ACCUUAGCCUUUUUGACAAGUGAGCACCUAUGUAUUUACAUUACUCUAACCUCAGAAAAUGGAACAGCUAUACUAUUAUAUAUAUGUCUCUCUGAACAUAGACUUUUUGGCUUUGUUUUUUCUUCUGUAAUAAGAAUGAAAGAAAGUUUUUGUUGCAGUCCAAGACCAGAGAAAGGAAAUCUGACUGGCUUUUUUUCAUGUAUAUCUACACUUAUUCAAGCAAUAUGUUUAAACACCAGUUAGUAUGCACUAGCUCUCUUGAGAGGAGUCAGAGUCAGUCACGGGCUCUUAUAUUAUGACACUGUUGCCUUUCUGCUGAGGAAAUGGAAACAUGGGAAGUAGCUAUGUUACCAGCACCAAGUACUGUAAAGUCAGAAGGACCUUAAGAGUUAUUUAUUUUACAUAUUAAGGCGGAAGAAAUAUGCUUCAUUUGAUUUUUUUUUUUAAAAAACCCAAGUGUAAAAUUUGCUUAGGAUGUUUAUUUCCAUAGACUGUUGUAUAUUAUACUUGGAAAGAAAAUCAAACUUGAUUGUGUAUCUUGGUUUUUUAGGGUUUUCCAUUUCAGAUGACCAUCAUUGGAUUGGGUGUGCUCCUGCUGCAGAUUCCAGCUAAUCAGCAAAAGCCUAUUUUAAAUCUAGCCAUCAAGCUUCUGUCAGGUUCGGAAAUCAAGAUGACUCCAUUGAUGGCUGUCAUCUUAGUGAUGCCUGCAUUGCAAAUACUAUCAUCCACAGCUGUUCAGGACAACAUGACUGAGGAGAAUGAUAGCACGGCUAGGCAGCAAUUAGCCAUUAAUCUUCUAGAGAUUGUACAGCAGGAAGAGCUGAAAGAGCAGCACUUGGUCUCUUGGGAUUACUUCUUCCCCAUAAAUAGUAUCUAUGGUUCAUUGCAUGUCACUUGGCAACUCCUUUGGCUUUUGAGAGACAAGACCUCCAUGUCUGACUGGUUGUCUUCUGUUAAAUCAAUGCUUCCUAUUGCAACACAAGUCUCUGUCCAUGUCGUUCUCCUGGUAGCUUAUCUCCUCAUUCAAGAGAACGGGGAUAAUCUUCAUAGUGUGCUGGAUGCUACCAUAGAAAUUGCAAAAGUGGAUUCAUCUCAGGUGCCAAAUCUGAUUCCAGUUUUGAUGUUUAAAUUGGGAAGACCAUUGGAGGCCACACUCUGCCGAGACAUCUUGUAUGCUUUACCUGCUUUGGGAGUUCAUAAGGUCUGUGUUGCACAGAUUUUACGUGUGCUGCAGGUAUUAGGAAACACGCCAAAACUUCAAGCUGUUACGUUACGUCUGAUGACAUGUUUAUGGGAGAAACAGGAUCGAGUUUAUCCAGAACUGCAGAGAUUCAUGGCAAUGUCUGAUAUGGCUUCAUUAUCUGUUAGUAAAGAUACUCAGUGGGAGAAGGUGAUUGCCAAAGCUGCUUCUAUCAGAGAUAUAUGCAAGCAAAGGCCUUACCAACAUGGGGCAGAUAUGCUGGCUGCAAUUUCUCAGGUACUGAAUGAAUGCACAAAAGCCGACCAAGCCACGCCUGCUGCCUUAGUCUUACAAGGACUUCAUGCACUUUGUCAAGCUGAGGUUGUUUGCAUUCGCUCUACAUGGGAUGCACUCUCACCGAAACUGAGCUGUGAUACCCGGCCGCUUAUUUUAAAAACACUCAAUGAGCUGUUCUCUCUUGUCCCUUCAUUAAUGGUGAAUUCGAGUGAAUAUGAGAAAUUUAAAGCUCAAGUUGUCAGUUUCCUAUGGAGCCACACACAAAGCAAGGAUUCUCUUGUAGCUAUCUCUGCAUAUAAAUCUCUCUCUGAAUUUCGUUCUGAAGAAUACACCAUCCUCCAUCUUCCUGAACAGGCAAGACCAGAAUUGGAUCAACAAAAAAUGGACAUAGAGGAAGAGGAGGGGGAGGAAGAAGAAGAACCAGAUUUAUCUGUACCUGGCCACUCAUAUAUCAAAUUGUUGUUGCUCACUCCUCUUCCUGUCUUACAAGCUUUCGAAGAGUUUGCAGCAUCACUUGUGAAAGAAGAGAUGGCUAACAUGCCUCGUGGAAUAUACCAUUCCGCACUGAGAGGUAAUGCUGUGCGUUCAGACCAUGGGAAGACACUAUCAAGUGUUCCAAACUUUAUGCUGAAAAUGCAUGAAAGGAACAAGCAGCCCGGACUGAAACCUGGCCUUGCAGCUGGCAUGUUACUAAGUUAUGAUCUUCCAAUCCAUGUGGGCAAAGAUGGAAAACCUAUCAAUCGGUUUUUAGCCAGCAGGGGGCGAAACUUCCACCAGAUGUUUAUUGCUCUCAUCCAUGAGGUUAACAUUCAGCCUUCAGAGUGGCAUCACUCCUUGUUGCUGCCUCAUUCCUGGGCUGGAUUUAUGGAGAGAACAUACCAUGCAAUUUUACAAGGGAGGCAAGCUGAAUUGGAGAUGCAGUUAAAGCAUGGAAAAGAGGAACUAGAGCAAGUGCAAUACAAGCAAUUUACAGCCUGGCUCUGGGUUAGAGAUAUGCUAACUGAUGCAGUCAAAGGAUCUUCCAAGGAAAGCCCAGUGGUUAAAGGGAAUUGUCUUCUAGCAUUAACAGGACUGGCACUUGCUGUUGCAAAGCAUGAAAAAGAACUUACUUCAGACAUUGAAGAACAAUUUGAUACUGAACCAGACUUUCUUCCAACAAAACACUGGCUUUCCAUGGUGAUCGAUACCCUCCUUAGCAUUGUAGACAGUCACUAUUGCCCCAAGGGGCGAAUCUUCCCUUGGUUUUAUCAGAAAUCCUACUCCGGUGAAAAUACCGCAAGUGCCAUUGCUCGCUCCUGCGCAGCAACCUCUUUGUCUCUCUUGGUGCCGGUUUUUAUUGUAUCCUACAAGGAAAGGGUUGAGCAAGUCCUGAAUUUACUGAUUGCCAUGUUACCUGGGAAACCAAAUGCAGAUGAGUCUCAGGCUGUUCAAAUCCACAUGAGCCUGGCGUUGGGGAUGUUUAUUUCACGGUUAUGCGAAGAGAAAGUCAGUGAUGUUGCUGACAAACAAAUGAAUCUCCUGUUGAGGAAGUCUCUGGCUGCAUUAGAAGACUGCUGCUUCGACACAAGUCUGGAGUACAAUACUGGAUGUAUCUUGGGGGUAGGACUUGUUCUGUCACUGAUGAGUCACAGCAACUUGACAGAUUCUCAAGGUCACAUCUCCACCUCUCUGCGUAAACUUUGCAAAUACUUGGAUGAUGCAGAAGACCAAAGCCGAACAUUACAGGAAAUUCUUGCCUACACAAUUGCCUGUGUCUGUAUUUCUGCAUUCAGCACUAGGAUUGUUGAGGCUACAGAGGCUGAAGAGGUUAUGGACAAGCUGCAGAAAUUAACAGAAAUGAAUCAACAGACACCAGGUUUUGCAUUAGCCUUGGGGAGCCUUGUUCACGGAUUGUCUGUAUGCGGACAUGGAAAAGCAGACGUUCUCAGCAAUAAGCUAUUUCCGGUCUGGAUGAAAACUGUACUUGCCGAGGGAGCUCCUACAAUGCAGAGACUAGCAGCGGUCAAUGGGUUGGUCUCUCUAAUGGGUUCUGAAAGUACCAUGAUACAGCUGAAAUCAGAAGCUACCCAAUCCUCUCAAUUUCAAAGCAAACUUAAUGAAGUCAUCCGAACCCUGACUCAGAUAAUCAGCUUUUCUGGGGUGAUAGGGCUUCAGGUAAACGCAGCAUGGAUGUUAGGACAUUUGUACCUUUCCAAUAUGUCUGCCACCCGUAGUCGAACAUCUGUUCCUUCCGACUUUAGCUACCUCCCUGAGAAAAGUUUCCUUAGAGCAGCCAUUGAUUUCAUUAUAGAAGGUGGAAAGAAAGGGCCUGAACAAGUUCAUCCAAGCAUCUUAAAGGCAGCCAUGGCACCCAUUGCAUUGAUUGGAGGAAGCUAUCAGUAUCCCCCUUUGAACUGGGCAUCAAUUCUUGCCCCUCUGCUGCGGCUAGAUUUUGGAGAAGAAAUACAGCAGUUGUGUAUUGAACUAGCUGUGACCCAGGCCCAAUCCUCUCAGAAUGCAGCAAUGGUUUUAGGCAUGUGGGUGGCACCGCCUCUGGUCUACAGUCUAAGUAUACAAGCCAAGAGGUACCUUUUUACUUCCUUACCUCUGUGGAUGAAAUAUGUAGCAGAAGACAAACAGCAGAUCUUCACUGAAGUGUUUAUGGUGCAGCAUUUUGAGGCAAAGAAACGGUCAAAAAACCAAGACCUUUGCUGGAAUAUUUUGCAAGGACUUAACCAAGCUAUGAAAUCUCCUAGCCCAACUCAGCACAGCUGGAGUUGUUUUUGCAAGGCUGCUGAGAAGAUAUUUGAGCUUCUGCCAGAUGAGAUUUGGCAAGAUGAUGUAAAGAUGUAUAUACUUGCAGCAAAAUGUCUCUCGGAAAUGGUUGAUACAGAAAUUGAACGUAUUACAGAAGUUUCAAAGAACAAUUUGGAAAAAGUUGCAUUUGUCAGAGUUUAUUUAGUUUCUCAAGGCAGAUUUCCUUUGCUGAGAUGGAAUGAUGUGAUUAGUGUUGCGGCCGGGUGCCAGCAGAAAGAAACCAUUGUGUGGAUGCUGCUGCACAGCUUUUACCAUGCACGAAUCCUGAGCCAUGAAAACACUGGAGUCUUAAAAAGAAUGGAGUGGCUCUUGGAAUUCAUGGGAUAUAUUAAAAAAGUUUCCUUAAAUACAGCCUCUAUGCAAAAUGUUUCUCCCCAAGAGGCUGUGAGCUUCCUGUUGUGGAUUUUCGCCGCUUGUGUGGUUGCCUGGGCGGAUCACGCCAUGCCAAUGCUACUUGGCCUUAGUGCAGACUGGUCUGCCUGGCAGCGUGAAACAAUAGACGGAGCCUUUGCUGCACGUGCUUUAGGCAAGCGUCCAGUGGAUACUUUGGCUGUCAAAGAGAUACUCAACCUUCUUCCAGGGAGCUUACAAAUUCUGUUGACCAAAGAGCCUUGGAAAGAGCAAACACCAAAGUUUAUUGACUGGCUGUUUAGCCUAAUGGAGAAUCCUAAUGAAAUGCUGUCUCAGUCUUCCAGAUGUCUUUUGAAAGCUUCUUUAUUGUCCCUGAGAUCCCUUCCAGAGUUCAAGAAGAAAGCAGUAUGGACAAAAGCUUAUGGCUGGUAGGAAUCAUGAAGAAACAGAUACUGUUAUCUGCUGGCCAUACUCGUCUUGCAAAUAAAUCUUUUAUGCUGUGGAAUAGGAGCUUCUGUUACAGACAGGUUGUUAUCUUUCCUGAGGAAAGAUACUU